AUGAAACAAGCUCCUCCAGCAUUGCUGCUUCCUCGGCUUUUGAAACUUAACGCUCUUCUUCGGAAAACGGUAUUUUCCAAAAAGUUCUACCUGGAGAUCUGCGCCAAAGUCUUAGACUCCUCGGCGAGCGUGGACCAGAACUUGUAUUUCAUAUGUUACUUUUCGCUUUUGGUGAGCUCUAUCUUGACCAAUAAGCGGCAGAUCCAGCAGUUUUUGCGCUCACAAACGGGUAAUUUAUUGGCGGUACUUGGGGUGGCCCAGCGCAAGGACGGAAAGGGGACGAUUUUGUCGAAGAAGGAAGAUCAUGAACCAGUCCGCGAGAAAGAAAUAGAAGAAGAGGAAGCAACCGAGGAAACAAUCGAGAAAGAUACUGCCGCAAAGGUCGCCGUACACUUGAACAAUAUUUCGUCGUAUAUUGCCGACGUGCGGAUCUUCAACCGUCUUACCGAUUCAAUCAAGUAUAUGCCAUGGAUUAUAGACGAGUUUUCGGCCUUGGUCGGCCCACUGCCGGUUCCCAAAUCAGACAGACUCAUCAAUUUGAUCCAGGCCCUCAACUGCCUCGUGCUUGAGCUUUUGGAAAACUUGGGCUGGUUAACAGACCACAACUGGAUCGGAACCAGCGACAACACCUGGUGGUGUAUCGAAGCGUACAUAUGGAGCUCGCGUGUUUGGGGAGCUUAUCUUGUAAUUGAAAUACUUGAGCUCUUGCGGCGAACUCCACGGGCAAAAUGGAAUUCUGCUUGGCGCAUCAAUUUGUUUAAGCAGGUGAUCCAACUUCCUUUGGUCGUGCAUUGGUCUUUGUAUGAUGGAUGCUUAUCCCCGUUUUGGGUCGGUUUAUGUGGCAGCGGUGCCUCCUGGUGGGGAUUCCGUGACAUGUGGCGUUCGCUUGAGUUGAAUUAA